AUGGAGAAACUGACGAGGUGUUUCAUGUCGGUGCUGCUGCUGUCUGCGGUGCUGAGCUCUGGUUUAACUGAAGAGAAGAUUAUCAGGGAUGGAGGUAAACUGGAGCUGAGUUCUAACUUCUCUGGUGAUAUCGACACUGUCACAUGGAAACUGAACUACGAUAUGGUGGCAGAAUGGUUGAAAAAAUUUGAUGAUCUAACGUACUACAACACGUUUGAAGGCCGAACAAACCUGGACAAUGUAACUGGAACACUGAAUAUCACAAAGAUGACUCCAGCUGACAGUGGGGUGUAUACAGUGGAAAUCAACAACAUGGUCCGGCCUGAGAGAUAUAAUGUAAAAGUGUUCAAGGAGGUGCCUCAGCCUGUUGUGUUGCUACAACCACUGGUAUCGAAACAAUGCAUCCUGUACUGUGAGGGAAACACUGAGGGGGCUGAACCUGUCACCUACAGCUGGAAGAUGGGAGAAGGAGAGUGGAUGGAUGGGAACAAGAGCAGGACCAUCAUCCUCGAGGAUAAGAUCAGGAACAUCACCAAUGAUGAGGAGACACAAGGUGUGGAAACGUUCUCCUGCCGGAUGAAGAACCCAAUCAGUGAGAAACAAACUGACCCCAUACCCAACCCUUUCUACAGAGAAGAUCUUACAGAAGUUCCUACAGAAGAUGCUACAGGUAAUCCUCCCGCAGACUCUGAACUCUGGAUUAAACUUUUAGGGACUGUCAUGAGAUCUCUGGCCAUCUUGUCUCUCUUAUGCCUUGUUGUGUUCUUGAUGUGGCAAAAACAAGAGUGUGUCAGGAAACUGAUCUGUCCAUGUCUAAUCAGAAAAGAUGGUGAUGAUUAUGAUGAUGUAGCCGGAAGUGGACGAUCGCCUUCAUUUCCUGAUGAAGACUAA